GAAGCAACCCAUAGGUCUUCGACAGCAGCCCGAGCCUAACGCGCGAGCUCGAGCUACUCGACCGAGCUUGACGCGUAGGCUCGAACUACCCGAGCCUAAGAAAGAACGAUUGUGCCUCCUUGGCUAUCUAAGUGGGGCCCAUACAAUCAACUUUAUCGAGUCGAAAAAUGAACUAAAGGAUAUUCUCACGUUGUUUGGCUCUGGCUAG